AUGCCCAAGAGGAAGGUUAGCCCGGAUGGAGCAGCGAGGCUGUCAGCCAAGCCCGCCCCUGCCAAGGUGGACGCGAAGCCACAGAAGGCCAUGGGAAAGGAUAAAUCAUCAGACAAAAAGUGCAAACCAAAGGGAAGAAGGGAGCAAAAGGGCAAACAGGCUGAGGUGGCGGACCAGCAAAACACAGACGUGCCUGCAGAAAACGGAGAGACUGAGAGCCAGAGUCCAGCCUCCGAAGUAGAAGAGAAAGAAGCCAAAUCCGACUAA